GACACAUACUGUACAUUAAAUCUCAACAAUGGCAAUAGCACGCGUUGCUACCGAAUAUGUUUUUUCUGAUUUUUUAUUGAAAGAGCAAAGCGACUCUAAAUAUAAAGGCGUGCGUCUGGAACUGGCAACAGACAAACUGGUCAGUUUUAUUGCGGUUGGGCUUCCUUUGUUACUCAUCUCACUCGCCUUUGCGCAAGAAGUCUCUGUGGGUACACAGAUCACAUGUUUUCCACCGACUAAUUUUACAUUGAGACAGGCUGCAUAUGUGGACUCCUUCUGCUGGGCUGCAGUAGAGCAUCAUCCUACAGAAAAUGGGGCUGAUAGCGCCCCCCUUCAUCUACACAAGUUCUUUCCCUAUAUCCUUCUGCUGGUCGCCAUCCUCAUGUAUAUUCCUGCUCUCUUCUGGCGUUUCACGGCUGCCCCUUCCCUAUCCUCUGACCUAAGUUUUAUCAUGGAGGAACUUGACCGUUGCUACAAUCGCGCCAUCCGCCUUGCCAAGAGCCUCACAUCCGAACAAGACAAAGACUCUGCAGAAGACCCACAAAGUGGACUUGAAUUGACGGAAGCUUGCUUUAAGUACCCUCUCGUAGAGCAGUACUUGAAGACAAAGCGUUUAUCAUGGGCUUUGGCUGCAAAAUAUCUGAUUUGCCGAGUUUUAACUUUCCUCACUUUACUGCUGGCCUGCUUUUAUCUGACCUACUACAUCUUUUGGGUAUCACCCAGUGAUCAGUUCUCCUGUAACCUGCGCAGAGGUAUAUUAGUAAAUGAGAGUGUGGUGCCAGAGGCAGUUCAGUGUAAGCUGGUGGCAGUGGGUGUUUUCCGCCUGCUAAGUUGCAUAAAUCUGGUAGUGUAUUUACUGUUAGUACCGGCUGUGGUUUACACUGCCUUCCAACCUGCCCGCCAGCAUCAGCGCACUCAGUUCCUCCGUCCAUACCACCUGCUCCCUGCUUUCGGUCACGUGCUGGAUUUGCAGCCUACCGCUCGCCGUUAUGAUGACCUCAGCAUCUACCUUCUGUUCUUGGAAGAAAACUUAAGUGAGCUUAAGAGCUACAAAUGCUUACAGGUGUUGGAGCUGCUGUCAGAGGGAGGGGAAGCAGCAUUUGACACCAUGUGUCUCCUUAGGACUCUUGGACAAGUGAGGACUGACAUGGUGGACAGAAAACAAGCCCAAACUGUAAAUGGAAAGGCAGAGAAAGAAAACUCUGAAAUAAAGGAUGCCACUUCUGUUCUGCUGGAUGAUGGAGUACAGACAGAGAAAAGCUGCAGCUGUGUGAAGGAUGUAAGACACAGGGUGGUCUAACAUGUAACAAAGUCAAAUCAAAUUACAAACAAUAAGUUUACAUGUAUUUUGACUAUGAAGGAAAUGUAAGAUACAACACUACAGCAUAUAUCAGGGCUUGAAUAGAACACUGAUAAUUUACUAAUUUACUAACUGCAGAACUAAGCUGCAUGAGCUUUUUAUGCCUUACAUUAAUAGAAACGGAAUGAUUGUUCUUUUAUAACUUGAGGUUGAUGAAUGUUAAGCCCCUAUUGUAUGCACUACGAAUACAAUGUUACAAAAUAUAUCCCUGGGUCUCCUUUGUAGGUACGGUAUUGUUGCAACAAUGAAAAAAAUUAAUCUGAAUUAAUGAUGCUAAUGUAAUACUAACAAUUAACUUAAUCAAUUCCUCCUAACAUACAAAUAAUUUAAUUUUGUUUUAAAAUGACUGCAAGAGUAUAAUGUGACCAAAAAGUCAUCAAAGUCUUUUCUUCAUUACAAACCAUCCAAUGCUAGUUUUACAUACAUCAUGUACUUGCGAAAUGAAGAAACCGGGGUGCAGAAAAUGAUUUUGUUUCUCAGAGGCAUCAUCAUAAAAUAUAGUUAUUCAAAUAAUGUCUAAAUGAUCGGAAAUGAUGAUGCAUCCCAACCCAGGAUGUGGCUGGGUAAGACUUAACCUUAAUUAGGCUCCAUUUCUACAGGUAAUAAUGCACUGCCUAUGCAAAAGCAAUAAUCAAAUAUGCAAACUAAAAUGUAUAAUAUGUAUAAUUAUAUUUCACUGUUUCUAAGUUAAAUAUUUUGCAGUUUUGUAUUUAUUUGAUAACAGUAUUGUGCCAGAGAUAUGUUUACUUUUUUUGUAGUUCUAAUUGUAAUGUUUUAUGUCUUUUUACCUUAAAUCCUUCAGAGAUGUUAAAUUGCAUGUCUUCAGAGGUGAGCUCUUCAAACAUGGUGUUUGUAACCCUAAAAAUGUGAUUUUUACUACAUUCAGGGAUGUAGAUACAUGCAUGCUUUUAAUAUAAUAAAAAGCACUCCAUUUCCCCCAAACAACUGUAUUUUUCUACAUUAUUAUGGAAUUUUAUACCUUAGGCAAAUUCAGGUCACAAUGACUAUAUCACUAUACUAAACAGUGUUACUAAAAGAUAAACUUGUCACACGUUAUUUUAAAGGAUAAGUUCGCUUCCAGAAUAAAAGCAAUUCCUGAUAAUUUACUCACCCCCAUGUGAUCCAAGAUGGUCAAGUAUAUAAUUUUUUAUUGUUUUAAGAAAAUUACAGAUCAUUUCGCUAGAUAAGAUAAUUAUUCCUCGGCUGGGAUCGUGUAGAGCCCUUUGCAACUGCAUUGAAAUUGCAGUUUGGACCUUCAACUCAUUGCCCACCAUUGAAGUCCACUAUAUGGAGAAAAAUCCUGAAAUGUUUCCUCAAAAACUUUAAUUUCUUUGCGACUGAAGACAGAAAGACAUGAACAUCUUGAAUCACAAGGAAGUGAGAAAAUUUUCACUCAGGAAUUUCUCCAUUAAGUUUCAUUUCUCGCUAAUUACUAAAACAUUAACCAUUUUUGCCUCAGUAAACUGCUUAUUAAUAGUGAGUAAGGUAGUUGCUAAGUUUAGGUAUUGGGUGGGAUUAGAGAUUUAAAAUAUGGUCAUGCAGAACAUGUGCUUUAUAAUUACUAAUAAUAAACGGCCAACAUCAUGCUAAUAAGCAGCUAGUUAAUAGUGUGAAUUGGUCCAUAUACUAAAGUGUUACCGAUAAAUUUAAAUCAUGAAGUUAAGAUUUAUUUCAGUAAACCAGCUUCACAUGCUUAUUUACUGUUCAAUAUCAAAUAUUGUUUCAGUUUUAUGGCUAAGCUCCAGAAAAACAAUAAUGAGGUGAUUUUGAUAGUUACAGACUUGAAAAACAACAAACCCCAAACUCUAGAACCAAGCAUUAUUUAAGCAUAAAGUUUUCUUCAUGCUGAUAUGGUUCUGAAAACUUGCUACAUACAGAGAACCAUUAAAGAACUUUUUUUAGAUUGUAUAAUAGAGUGUAGAACAUUAUGAAAGUGUUUGCCAUAAAAUAUUUCAAAACCUGUCCAUUUCAUUAUGAAUAAUCACACACAAAUCUUCAUCGCUAGAAAACGUCACAAAGAAGACGUCACAAACAUUACUGAUGACUAAUGAGACAUCUUGAGAGUGAGAUCCCCGGAGACAUUCUGCCGUUUCGCUCACAAUCUUUCCAAAGAAAGGCCACCAGCUGUCACCUUCUAGCAGAUCCAUGAUCAGGUCAUUCUGUGUAAACGUCUGUUCUCAACAGUUAUUAACAAUUAACCAAAACCCACUUGAGACUGUCAGAACAGGCUGCUAG